AUGGAUAACUCGUUUACGAUGGAAGGCCCUUUAAGCAAAUGGACUAAUCUCGUCAAUGGUUGGCAAUAUCGUUGGUUUGUGCUUGACAUAAGCCUAGGGGUUUUAUCUUAUUACACGUCUAAAGAGAAGAUGAUGCGGGGCGAUAGACGUGGAUGUGUAAAGUUAAAAAAUGCUCAAGUUGGGAUUGAUGAUGAAGAUGAUAGUACAUUCACCAUAACCGUUGAUCACAAAACAUUUCACUUCCAAGCUCGUAACUCAGAUGAACGUCAAAAGUGGCUAGACGCUUUACAGGAGGCUAGGGAUUUACAUACGCAGAAUUAUGCUCUUCUGAAUCAGACCAAUCGUUUACUGGAACAUCCUUGCAGCCUUUCCGAAUUCGACCGUCGUAUCGUAGAGGCAGAUGCUUUUUUACAAAUUCUCAUAGAUCAACAUGAGCAACUGGUCAGUCAUAUUCCAUCGUCCGAUGAAUGUCGACCGGAGAUUAUGGGUGCUGUCACUUUUCGGAUGCAGAGGCUUAUCGAACUGGUGAAAAAGACAAUUGUAUGCCUCCAGUUUGCCAGAGGUUCAGUCAAUAGUUCAUAUCGUAUACCGAUUACUUUGAAUGACAACAUUGUUUCUGAUGCAGUUGACAUUCCGCAAACUUUACAAUUCGAUACGUCUAUAUCGAACAGUGCUUUCUCUACAUUGAAAGUGAAAGAUUAUGAUUUAAAAGUACAUGAGAUAAAUCAUGCAUUUAUGAACCUUCAAAGUGGUGAAGGUGAUGGUGAAAAUCCAUUCACUUCUUGUCAAGAGUCCUUAUCUAAUGCUUCCCCUAUUAUAACACAGAAACCUUCCAGAAAACAUUCUACUCGUAAUUCUCGACGUUUGGAAAAAAGCAAAUUACACAAGCGGCCAUCUUCUACUACAGAAUCAUCCAUCGAAUCCCAUUCAAUACGUUCACAUCCUGAGCAGCUAGCUACUAUUUCUUCAUCACUCCCUAAUGAUACUGUGAUUGUGAAAAGAUGCUUUGAUGCAUUAGAUUCACCCUCUUCUAAUUAUCCACCAUUGUCCAUCCCAAGAAUGCCAGUUAGGUCUUAUUCUUCUUCAGAUGAUGAUCAGGCUCAAUUGGAUCAAGAAGAAGAGGAUGAAGAAUUCUUUGAUACUCAAGAAGAUAUUUCUGUCAACUGCGCAAUAACAAAUUCUCCACAACCUGUCAAGGAUAAUACAAUUCUAAGCAUGCAUUCAAAUCCAACUGUGCCUAUAACGAAAUCUGGUCGUUAUCGUUCAAGUCAGUCAUCAUCAAAUAAUCAGACGAAUUCGUCUUUGGAUGAUACAUUCGACGAAUUGUAUGAUGAUGAAAAGGAAGAAGAGUUAGGUUCUGUGCAAUCUCACGGUUCUGUGAUAACACAUCUUCUUUCUCAGCUUCGGAUCGGAAUGGAUUUAACUAGAAUCACUUUGCCCACAUUCAUUCUCGAACGUCGUUCUACACUGGAAAUGUAUGCAGACUUUUUAGCACAUGCUGAUUUAUGGGCUGUUAUUCCUAAUGCAUCAACGCCUCGUGAUCGUAUGGUUGCUUGUCUUCGGUGGUAUUUGUCUGCAUUCCAUGCUGGCAGACGAUCGUCAGUUGCUAAGAAACCUUACAAUCCUACAUUAGGUGAAAUAUUUCGCUGUUAUUGGCCUUUAUCUACAGAGAGUGGAGAUGAUUCGACAAAUGCAUCAGAAAAACCACAGGAAAAAUUAUAUAAUUCUGGUCCUGUUCCUUGGGCGCCUCACAAUUCCGUAGUCUUCUUAGCAGAACAGGUCUCACACCAUCCUCCUAUAUCCGCCUUUUAUGCUGAACAUGUUAAUAAUCAAAUAGCUGUAGAUGGACACUUGUGGACUAAAUCAAAAUUUCUUGGUCUAAGUAUAGCUGUAGAAAUGGUUGGUUCAGCUGUCAUAUCAUUACUAAAUCAUGAUGAAGAAUAUGUGGUUACGUUUCCAUGUGGAUAUGGCAGAAACAUUCUCACUGUUCCAUGGAUUGAAUUGGGUGGGAAAACUAGCAUCACAUGCUUAAAAACUGGAUAUAUAGCUAAUAUCGAGUUUCGAACAAAACCUUUUUAUGGUGGUAAACGUGAUACUUUACGUGCUGAGGUUUUUGGACCUAAUGAUAAGAAGGCAUUUCUUAUUGUUGAAGGUGAAUGGAAUGAUAAGAUGUUAGCGAAGUGGCCUCAUGGUAAAAAUGAGUUAUUUAUUGAUACCCGUAACCUACCAACUGUAAGAAAACACGUUCUUCCUCGUUCUCGCCAAGAAGAAAAUGAAUCAAGACGAUUGUGGGAGGAAGUGACAUAUAAUUUAAAAGUGGGUAAUAUCGAUGCAGCAUCAGAUGCUAAACAUCGUUUGGAACAGCGACAACGAGAUUUAGCUCGGCAGAGAAGAGACUCAAAACAUACAUGGACACCAAAAUACUUUCGUGAAGAGGGAGAAAACUGGAUUUAUAGACAUCCUUUAAUUCAACGCCUACAUCAAUCACUCAAUCAAAAUAGUUCUCCCACUGAACCACGAGCAAUCUCCAAAAAUACGAAUUUAGCAUGUUCACCGGAUAUAGUUGUUAAUCCAGUUUCUUGCAACAACGCAAUAACCGAUUCUCCUCAGGUAGUCCAUGCUACUACAACUAA